AACACAAUAUAGCAUGUCGUCUACGCUGAAGAUUGCCAGCCAAAACGGCGGCAUGUACGUCAAAACAUCGGAGAUUUCGGGGAAGGCAGGUCCCUGCUAUGGGGGCUUCAUGUCGCCCCCGCUAAGUGCGAAUAUGUGCUCGGCAGCUGGAGCAGAUCGACAGACUUUCCGAGUGCCGGCCAAAGUUGAACCAGAAACCGCACAUAACAACUUCGUGUCCGGUGACUUGCAAUUCCCAGACUUUUCGCACCUUUGCUUUGCCGCCGAGACCCCCAACUCGGUGUUCAGCGAUUGCAACAACUACGCCGGACAGGAUCAGCAGCAGGACUCGGAUCAGGAUGAUAUAGUGUGUGCGGCAGCGGGCAACACCGGUAUUCUACCCUAUCAACAAGGCCAGUAUACGCAGCUUAACCGCGAGGACAUCUUCCGCUUCGAGCCGGAGGAUAUAGCACGUCUUACUGGAGACUCCGCCGAUUUUAACGGAAUGCCGCCACCAACUCCAUACACCCCCUACACCCCAUAUACGCCGUGCAGCGCCCAAAAUACGCAGCUACCCGUACAAGCUACCUGCGCCGAGUCUAUUAAUCUGGAUAUUGAUUACUUUAAUUAUGAUGAGAUUAAUUGCCAAUCAAAAAACCAAUCUCCGUGCUCAUCACCGCAUCUGGAUGCCUGGCUGAACUUCAAUCUCGGCGAGAUUGGAACAUCGGCUGACGGAGGUGCAUCGCCAAAACUGGGCAACGUUUUCGAGGAAGAAAUCAUCAAGCAGGAGCAAUCGCCCACGCAGAAAUUGCCGUCGAUGAACUCUACCUUUGGCACCCCCAAAUGCAUUCCGAUGUGCGCGGGCAAUUACGGGGACUACUCGAAUAUUUACCAGGGACCUUCAUAUCCUGCCGAGAAUUACCAGCAUAAUUUGGCUCAAGCUAUUGAAAAGCCAAAUCGUGAACACAAGGACAUCUGGACUAUAGAUGAGCUGGACGAAUUGAUGCUGGGUGAGCAGCAACAGGAGCAACAUCAACAACAGCAUCUGUCUUCACAAAUCACACAACAACCUGAUCUAGUUGAUUAUUAUCCAGAGGAUCAUAUCAAGGCAGAGGAAUUUCGCAAUCUGGACAGUGAUUUUGAAGAAAACUUUGACGACGAGGAUGAUGAGGUCUUCUCCCUUCCGGCGGAAAACGAAACUAAACCUGAUUCCACCUGCUGCGACCCAGAGGCUGAAACAGAGGCUGUACCACUGAUUUGCCGCUGGACUGGGUGCGACGAAGAGUUUCCCAACCAACAGACCUUUGUGGAGCACAUCGAGAAGUGUCACGUGGAUGUGCGAAAGGGCGAGGACUUCUCCUGCUUCUGGCUAGAUUGCCCCCGUCGCUACAAGCCCUUCAAUGCACGCUACAAGCUGCUCAUUCACAUGCGGGUCCACAGUGGAGAAAAGCCCAACAAAUGUCCGUUUCCCGGCUGCAAUAAAGCAUUUUCGCGUUUGGAAAAUUUGAAAAUUCAUCAACGCUCGCACACGGGAGAACGGCCUUAUGGCUGCCAGUAUAAAGGUUGCCUCAAAGCGUUCAGCAAUAGCUCGGAUCGGGCGAAACAUCAAAGGACCCACUACGACACGAAACCGUAUGCCUGCCAGCUACCAGGAUGCACGAAGCGCUACACGGAUCCCUCCAGCCUCCGUAAACAUGUCAAGAACCAUGCUCUACGCAACGCCAACGGACAGCUGAUGCGCCGCAAAUCUGCCGGAGGCUCUGGAUCCGGCAACGGAAACAGCUCCAUCAAUGGCUCCGUCUCCGGCUCGGGCUCCACAUCAUCUGGCAGCGGAAGGAAGUCGGCCAAAACACGCCGCCACUCGGAAUCGGCGGUGGGCGGAGUGACAACGAUGGCAGGUGCAAAGCCAACGAGUGUGACAGGCGACCAGCAUCGGCAACAGCGCAGCAAUAGUUGCAGCGAAGCCUUGCUGCGGAUAGACCGCAAUGAUUGCAGCCGUAUUGCGACGGGUGGUGUUGCAGCUAAUAACAAUUCAAUGAACUUUAAUGAGUUGUCAAAUUGCAUUGUCAUCAUUGAGCACAAUCAGAACGGAGCUGCAACAUCGGCAACCACAGCAGCAGCAGCAGCAACAACGACAACAACACGGACUUAUGCCACAGCAACAACGGAAACGGAUGCUCUAAGCGUUUGCAGCAGUAACAGCAACAACAGCAUGGUUAACACCCACUACAAUGGCCCGGGAAAUAUUAAUCAAUUAAGCGAACUCGAACAAUUGCUGAAGCCGGCAGUUUCUGGGGAAACAGCUAAUGGAAUUAGCUUGGCCAGGAGCGGUAGCAACAUCACCAUUAGCAACAACCAUUUGAACGAAUUUGUGUCCUUCGAGUACGUGACAAAAUACCUCACCGAUGCGUACGAGCCGUCAAACAAGAGUUCUGCGGAUAAUUUUCAUUUGCAGCCAGAGUUCGACAAUAACUUUGAUAUGCUGGACUUUCAGCAAUUCAUAUGAGUUGGGAGUAGCUUUAAGAACUAGAUUUAGUUAGCCUACCAAAAAAAGUCAGCAAUUCAAUGUCCAAAGAUCUCAGUGCCUGAGCCCUUAUAAGAAUGCCCACCAUUAGUAAGAGAUAUUGUUUUGUAAAUACCAGAUAUAGUUAUAGUUUAAGCCCUGAACACGCCAAAAAUGAAACGUUCCUGUAUGCCAAAUUUGAUCCAGUGAUUAGCAGCGUCUUCCUCAGCCCUGUACCACCACAGAAGUGAAUCAUAAAUUUAACUAGCGUAUUCUACUAUAGUAUUUGGUUAAGCACUAUUUGUAAUUGCUUUGUUAAAGUUUGUCAACAAACGCAUUGACCAUAAUAAAUAAUUUAAUUUA